AUGGCUGUAGCUGUUGGAGCGAUCCCAUCACUAGAUGAGGACAAAGAAUUAGAAGGCCUGGAGCAGGAACCAAGUUCAAACCACACCAUGAAUUCAUCAAGCCGUGAGCCUGGCAAAAUGCCCGCUCCUGAGUCUAUACGCGAAUUCAUGGCAGCUAGUGAAGGAAUUCCAAGCCCCCAGCCUCAAAUGCCUACUCCUAAUGCGAGUGGCAUGAUUACAAUGAGUGUAGCAGAUUUGUUGACCUUUUGCCAACAAAUGACACAUCAGAACACUCCAAAUAUCAACAAUGAUACACCUGUGGAUGAUUUCAAAUCUCAGAUCUGUGAAUACCAAAAGGAUGUCCAAAGAGCUAUGGAUACUAAGGCG